UGUGUAGGAGGAAGAGCUUCAAGCUGAGCACAGAAUAUCCAUAUCUGACAGCUUUUUCAUUGGUUGAAAGUUUUGAAUAUUUACGGCUUAUUGGAUCGUGUGUUGCACUUCCUGUUUAGCAGGCACUAGACAUCAGUGAUUUCCAUGGUUCCAUUUUGCUGUUAGGACGUGUAGGAGACAGAAAUGACGAAGGGUACGUCAAGUUUUGGUAAACGGCGCAAUAAGACACACACGUUGUGUCGCCGCUGUGGAAGAUCUUCGUAUCACAUCCAGAAGUCGAAGUGUGCGCAAUGCGGAUAUCCUAGUCCCAAGCUAAGGCAUUAUAAUUGGAGCGUGAAGGCCCAACGAAGGAAGACAACUGGUACUGGCAGAUUGCGCACUCUGAAGAUCGUGCGACGCCGAUUUAGGAAUGGAUUCCGUGAAGGUGGCAAGCCUGCUCCCCGUAAAUCUGCUGCAUAAAUGUAUCAAAUUGUAACCAUUGCUAAAUAAAAAAAACGUUGAUUAAAUAGCGUUUUCAUUUCAAGUUUAUCACCUGUUUGAAUCAGUUAAUUUUCCCUAGGGUGGACAUGUAAUUUAGACUUCUUUCCAAAAACAUUUUAGUUUACAUAUAUUCCUUGCUGUUUUUUUGCUUUUAGGUGAAUAUUGUUCCUGAAAUAUUGUGUAUUUUUUGUAUACAAAGGUUUCAAAUUGUAAAUUCAGGAUGAAUACAAAUGCAAUCU